AGGCAUUUAAGAAAUGGGUUCAGCUGCAUCUGGGACAAAUGAUAGCGAAGAUAAUGGAAACAAAGUGACUGAGCAAGAGAUUGAAACGAAAUCAACGAAGCCAGAUCAUUCCGGGGAGGCGAUCUCCAUGAGCGCUCCAGCAGAUGCAUCUUGGCAAGGCGGUGGUGGGCAAAGAGAGGAACUUCUUGUCGCUGAAACAGAGGAGACAGCUGAUCCAGAAAACCAUGCCACGUAUCAGCGACUAAAGACAGACAAGAGUGCUGACCUUCAUAUAUUAAAUACAAGGUUCAAUGCUAAUGAACGCAAAAGCAAAUCCCAAAAAAGAAACGACGAGCCAGUUGGUGCAAUAUUGAACAACACUUUUGCAAAAUUGCCUGCUAGGAUAGAUUCGGCUAACUUCCACCCACACACUGUUGUGAUGGAACGAGAGAAGUCGCUAGUCAACCCGCCGGCAGAUUUUAAACAUGACCACAAAAUUACUCUCGAUGAUAGUAAUGUUCUUUUUCAACCAGGAGAUCAUACUACUAAAAAUAAACACAACGUGCCUGAAAUAAGUUUAAAAGAGGAUGAUAAAACCUCUCCAUUUCUUCUAAAGGGCGACAACGAAAAAUGCAAACCACAGGCGAGGAAAUCCGCUGGGCUUUCUGCUGUUCAUUCGCUGGUUGUUCCCGAAAAUCUACGAGGAUUCCAAUCACCGGUCCCAUCAAAUGAAUCAAAAGAAGACGAUAGUGAUUUCGACCCACUAGAAGGUCUAGAUAUACCACGAGAAAGGGUUUGUUCGUUCGGCUCUGAGUCCAUAUAUUCGGUGAAAGAGAUAUCUGACAGUCUGUAUCAGCAGUAUCAAGCCGAGGUCAAGAAUCGUAUUCGUAGUUAUGGAUUCUUUGAAACGUUUCCAUCUCCAGAGGUCGUCCGUGAAGCGCAGACUGUUUACAGAAAUCUUGAUAUACCACCACCCGUGGACGAGGACGGUAACGUUCUGCCCCACCCACCAAAAUUCAAGAAAAAGGAGUACAUGGAAUCGGAACGUGAGUCAUUCGAUGACUUUAAACAACGUCUUGAACAGAUUCCAGACAAAGUUAAAGAUGGGCAUUUGAUCGACAUUGUAAACUUCAUCUGUGAGGGUCUAGAAAAUGAUAAAGAUAGACUGAUAAUCAUUAUUUCCUGGAUUGUAAAGGAGCAGUUGCAAGAUAAAGAAAGAGACACGGCUAGCAUUGGUGAAAGGAAAGAAUGUUGCAUCCUCUUUCGCACUAUGUGCAGAUACGCAAGAAUCAAAGCAAAACUAGUCGAAGGGUUUAUCCGUGACAACAGAUACGUCCCGGGAGAAGAUUUGAACAAGACUCGGGGUUCAUGGGUGGCGGUUCUGGUGAACUACACUUGGUUGCUGGUGGAUCCCGUCUUAGAUGCUACAGCUAAUGCAAAUGAACAUACUAAGGCUAACAGUAAGAUGAAAAGAGACCACGCAGACACUGACCCGUUUGAAGUUGUUCAGAAAGUGUUCCAAGACCCAGAAAGGUUCAUAUUUACGCAUUUUCCAGAUGAAGACUACUGGCAGUUGUUAGCAAGACCAGUUAGUCGCAGCGAGUUGACCGAGCUUUGUUUACUUAGGAGACUAUUCUUUGAUCUUGACAUGGAAUUGCUAAACUACAGUAAAUCAGUCCUAGUGCUAAAACAACCAGAAAUUACUAUUUCAUUGUCGUUUCCGGUUGACGAGCGUCUGCAAUUUAAAUGCAGACUUCUUCCCCACGACAAUUCAAUAAGUGCUGCCCGAAUGAAAACAUAUGUGUUUGUAGAAACGUUGCUCAAUGAGACAAAGGUGAACAUAAGAAUUCGCUUUCCGAAGAAAUGUUCAUACAUAUGUGAUUUAUUUGUUGCCAAGGACGAUUGUGUCUGGGAAGGUUUAAUGACAACACGUAUUGUUUAUGAAAACUCAGCAACCAUAGAUCCGUUUCCAGCCAAUCCAAGAGAAGAAUGGGGACCCGGUUUAGACUCACACAAACUUGGAUUGAAGCCGAAAACCCACCUUCGUGGUGAAAUACUAAUGCAAAAGGGAGUUGUACAGAUCGUGUUCGAAAACUCAAACAAGCUUCAGUUUGAUGCUGUUCUAUUUAGGGAAGACGCUAAAAUUAACCCUAAAAGCUUCAAAGUAAGUUUUCUUCGAGACAAGAAUAACGAAGUUGUGUUUAUUGUGGAGAUUGAGUUAAUGGUACAGGGACUAUUUACAUUACAACUUCUGGCUAGGGAAAAUCAUCAAGCUGAUUUUCAAAACGUUUGCAACUACAUGAUCCGAAAAGAAAGACCAUCACUUAUUCCAACAUUAAGCUUUGAAAGCAAAGACAAAGGAGUGGAAAAGGUGCUCAAAGCACCAGACACGGGCGUGUUACAAAUAAAGGUGGAUACAUCCGGGAUCAUUCAGCUAUCGGUCGAGUUUAAACUACAUGACAAACAAGAGCUGAAUUUCAGCGAACAUUCAAGACAUUGGCUGGAAGAGGACAUAGGGUAUAUUGAGCUGAAUUUUCCAAGGAGCGGCAAGUAUUCUUUAAAGGUCUACGGCCGGGCAAUGAACAAAGGAAAACUCGAGACUUUGAAGGAUGAAACGAUUAUUGCCGACAUACCGUCAAAUAAAUGGUCACCGUUUCCAAAGGAAGGCACAUUUUGGAAUUCGUGGUAUAAAAUUGAAGCUCCGCUGUCUCAUCACCUAGAGGAGAAGGAAGACUUGACGUUUACAGCGAACGUCCAGAAUGCCCACGACGUCGCUGUGUUGAGUGCAAGUGGCUGGUACCAUCUAGAUAGGGUUGAUAAAUCAUGGGCCUGGCAGGGUAAAGUGUGGACAGGCCCCAAGUCAACUAAAUGUCAAUUGCUAGCGCGAUUCGAAGUAGGAAACUCCAAAUGGUCGGAUCUCCUUUGGUUCAAAGUCAUAUCAGAGGACGAUUAUGAAAAGCUUGAGGAACGUCAAAAACGCGCGGUCGACGUCGCCAAGAGUGCAAAGACCGGAUAGCUUUACUGAGAGAAGAAAAUGAUGAGAAUAAUUGAAGCUAAAAUUGACAGAAAGUUCUUUACUUCAUUUUAUUCUUGUAUGUAUAGCCUUAUUCUGACUGGAUAAUGACAGGUUACGAACCAUGUAUACGUGUCCUUAUACGUGUAGUUACACGUACGUGUCAAAGUUACAUUUGGGGUUUUAAAUCGUUUGAGAAAUUUCACUUCGAAGUUGUACUGGACGGAUAGCUGAUGCUUGCAUCAUCACAUUGCCCAUGCUAUUGUAUAUGCCAUUCUUAACCUGUUCAAUGGACACAAACUUUAAUGACGUAGUGCACAAAAAGUAGUCCAAAUGUACACAUACCCCUACAAGUGGUGUUUCGCAACUCUCUAUUUUGUCCAA